CGUGACCUUCCGAGUCGCGCUUUCAUUCAUCGUUGGAUCAGACUCAAAGGAACAUAAAAUUGCAUGAAAUAUUGGGCAAGUUGGCAAAUUCAGCCCUGAUCAUUGCAGGAACUGCUCCUCUUAGGCCGUAUAUCGGAAUGUGGCGACGUGCGUGGAAGCCAGCUGCAGCUACAAUUGCAAUUGGGACUCCGGCGUGCUUGUAUUACUACAGAUCGACGCCAACUUUUUCCAUUCCUAUACGGGUCAAGGACGUAGACGGAAAGCCGACCAUGUCGACCAAAGUCCUACCUCUUCUCUCUAUGGAAGAAGUCAACAAACGUUUAAACGCCCGUGCGAAUGCUGAAACGAUAAUACGGCAUGACGGUAUCGUGUGGAACUACGCAAAUGCAGCAUUGCCUUCGAAUGAUCCUAUUGAAGACGCACAUUCAAAACAGAUCAUCCAGAGAGACGAUGCUUCUGGCGACUACCUGUUUUUUACGGUUAUGGAUGGACACCGUGCAGGAGACACCUCCCAUCUACUCUCCCUGGUUCUCAUCAAAGCGGUUUCUCUUGCCCUCUCCAAACUCAUCUCUAAUUCCCCUUCAACGUUCCUCACUGAAUCCACUGUCGGCCGUGUCAAGUCAAUGGUUGGGUUCUGGUCAGCUCCAGACGCUGAUCCUCAUCGUGUUUCGGUCGCUAUACAAGAUGCAUUCACUGACCUAGAUCGUGAACUCAUCACCGCUCCCCUCCGUGUUCUUGCUGGCAAUAUAGAUGGGUCGAAGGUUAUACCAGACCUCAGUAAACACCCUCUUGCAUUGAAGACCAUGCUUCCGGCCAUCUCAGGCAGCUGCGCUCUGAUGGCCAUAUUCGAUACAGCUCACAAGGACCUAUAUGUCGCUUGUACGGGAGAUAGUCGUGCCGUUGCCGGUGUUUGGGAACCAACACCUGACGGAAAAGGUCAUUGGCGUGUCGAUGUUCUUAGCGAGGAUCAGACAGGCAGAAACCCCAAUGAGUUGAAGAGAAUGCAGGCAGAACAUCCUAAAGAUGAAGCAGACACGGUGAUACGAAACGGACGGGUACUCGGAGGCCUAGAGCCUACGCGAGCUUUUGGUGACGCGCGCUAUAAAUGGACACGCGAAGUGCACGAUGCUCUCAACCGUUCAUUCAUGGUCGGCAACGACAUGACUCUACGGACUCAGCCUCAGACUUUGAAAACGCCACCUUAUGUUACCGCGCGACCGGAAGUCACCCACCGCAAGUUGUCUUUCGACAAGUCGUCGCCAGGAGCCAUUCGGUUUCUAGUCCUGGCUACUGACGGCUUGUGGGACGAAAUAACUUCUGAAGAAGUCGUGAGCCUUGUUGGCGGCCACUUGGCAGGUGUUAGAGGUGUCAUUCCUAAAGCCGAACUACCAUCUCUUGUGCCAACGUUCGUCAAAACCGGUAGUGUAGAGGGUAAGGAUCAUCGUCGCAAGCGAAACAGAGGUUCAUGGGCAUUUUGUGAUGACAAUGUUGGUACACAUCUUAUUCGAAAUGCACUUGGGGGCGGUGAUGAGGAGUCACUGCGACAACUGGUGAGCAUUCCGGCGCCAUAUUCUCGGAGGCAUCGAGACGACAUUACGGUCACGGUUGUGUGGUGGGAAGAAGGACGUGAAGAGGAUGCACAAGUCACAACACCUACAAAAGCCAAGUUAUAGAUUUUGUAUGUGCAAUAUUAAUAAGGCUGAGUUCCCCCAAGGGAGGGCUUAUUGACGAC